AGUACGAGCUGUGCGCUGGCUCUUGCAGACAGCUGACACGCGAGAAGCAUUUAGCAGCACUGCAUGCAUGGCAAACCAGAGAAAUGCCGUUUUUUAACAUGCACCUGUGCAGCGCGCCGUGUUUCUCUGAGGCCAUUAACCCGCAGCCUGGUUGAAAUAGUGCUCUGAAUCGACAGCGAACUGGAAAUGUCACGGAGACUCAACUAACCGCUCUGCAGCUUCUUGACUUUUUAAACCUCCUUGAAUUCCUCGAAUCACAAAUCAUAGUUGAAUUCUCUUUUUAAUCGAAUGCGCCAAAUUGUUGUCACUAGCGCUGGCGAUAGUAAACAGUACUGAAAUAUUUACGGGGAGAAGGAAGGAGGCGUGACAGGAAACCCCCCAAAUUAGGAGCUGCUUCCUGCUGUCUCUGGGUUCACCAUGCUGCGCUUGAUCCGCGUGCUGGAGCGUGUACGCGCGUGUAGCGAGGUUCCCGCGCGCAACCGACUCUGGACCAAAGUCACCGAGCUGUCAGUGAGACUCUCCAGCACCAAAGCUGCUCCGCGGCUCCGAAGAAUGGACUACCAGGAUGCGGUUUGCACCCUCAACACCCUCCAGACGAACGCCAGCGCGCUGGAGCAGGUGAAGAGAGAGAGAGGUCAUCCUCAGCUCCAGCUGCAGGCCAUGAGAGGCUUCCUCCAGCGGGCAGGACUCAAGGUAGAUGAACUUGAUCGUCUAAAUAUUAUUCAUGUAACUGGAACGAAAGGAAAGGGUUCAACAUGUGCCUUUACAGAACAGAUUUUGAGAAACUAUGGCUUCCGGACUGGAUUCUACAGUUCACCUCAUUUGGUGCAAGUGAGAGAGCGAAUCAGAAUCAACGGGCAGCCAAUAGGAAAAGAGCUUUUCACCAAAUACUUCUGGCAGGUGUAUUGUCGACUGGAGGAGACAAAGGAUGCACAUUGUGGCAGCAUGCCUGCUUAUUUCCGCUUUCUCACCAUCUUGGCCUUUCACAUCUUUCUACAGGAGAAGGUUGAUUUGGCCGUCUUUGAGGUUGGGAUCGGUGGAGCGUAUGACUGCACUAAUAUCAUCAGGCGUCCCUGGGUGUGUGGCGUCUCUUCUUUAGGCAUAGAUCACACCAGCAUACUGGGAGACACCAUUGAGAAAAUUGCCUGGCAGAAAGGAGGGAUUUUUAAGCCAGGAGUUCCUGCAUUCACGGUCAAACAGCCUGAUGGGCCGAUGAAGGUGCUUCAAGAGAGAGCAGAAGAAAUCGGGUGUUCGUUAUCAGUGUGUCCUGAUCUGGAGGAGUAUCAGAGCGAGGCUUCGCUCCGGUUGGGUUUAGCCGGUCAUCAUCAGCGCAGUAACGCUUCUCUGGCUCUACAGCUCUCUCACACUUGGCUGCAGAGACACUUCCUCACAGAUCCUGUGUCAUCAUCUCCAGUGGAGUUCAGCGGUGUGAGUCCAGCUCAAGCCUUCCAUCCCAGUCCGGCAAUGAUAAAAGGUCUUGCGGAGACUGAGUGGCCUGGGCGCAAUCAAACACUAAAACACGGUCCUGUGACGUAUUUCCUGGAUGGAGCUCAUACCACACGCAGCAUGCAGGCCUGUGUCUGCUGGUUCAGCGAGAUCGCACCACAACAUGAGAGAAAUGCAGGGGGUUCAGUAGUGAGGGUGCUCUUAUUCAACGCUACAGGAGAGAGAGACUGUGCUGCUAUGCUCAAACUGCUCGUACCCUGUCUUUUUGAUUUCGCCGUGUUCUGUCCGAACAUCACAGAAGCAAUAGCGACCUGUAAUGCAGGUAAGAGACGCUUCCCGCCGUCAUCCUGUGUAAGAGAUCCAGACGCAGAAGAUGAUAUGAGAUCUAGUCAAUCAAUAAGAGACCAACAGAACUUUAAUGUUUCUGUGGAGAACAUGCUCACACGUUGCCUGGACAACCAGCAGAGCUGGCGCGUUCUGAAUGGCCAGGGGGAGAAACCAGAGGCGGAGCUUCUGAUCGGAGGCGGUUUGCCAUUGGUGGCAGAAAGACACAGCCACACACUGGUGUUUCCCUGCAUCCUCAGCGCUCUGCAGUGGAUCAGUCAGGGAAGAGACUCGGUACUGUCAGACCCAAACAAAUGUGUCAUACCCGUUAAACCUAGCAUAAACGCCAAAGCCGCUCCGCUACGAGAGGCUGUGAACAUACACGUCCUAAUCACAGGUAGUUUACACCUGGUGGGAGGGGCUUUAAAACACCUGGACCCUGCUUUAAACUCAUAACGUACAUAUGCAUGUGUCUGCAGUGCCAGACAUCCAGCCAAACACCCAGUGCCUGAACCCUCUGUCCCAGCACUCAGAGGAGUAGUUCACCCAAAAAAAGUUUACUCACCCUCAGACCGUUUAAGAUGUAGAGGAAUUUGUUCAUUCAUCAGAACAGAUUUAAAGAAAUUCAUCACUUGCUCACCAAUGGAUCACCUGCAGUGAAUGGGUGCCGUCAGAAUGAGUGUCCAAACAGCUGAUAAAAACAUCACAACACAGUUAAGGUUUUUUGACUGAAACAACUUUUGAAAAGCAGAAAGCAGUAUUAUGGACCCAUGUUUUAAAUGAAAUCAAAGGUUUAAAGCAAAGAUGUCUUUAUUAUGGUGGACUUGUUUCAUAUAAUCAUGCAUCUUUUUCUUCACAAGAUGUUCACUGAUGGACUAGAGUGGUGUGGAUUAUUGUUAUUUUUUUAUCAGCUGUUUGGAGUCUCAUUCUGACGGCACCCAUUCACUGCAGAGGAUCCAUUGCUAAACAAGUGAUGUAAUGCUAAAUAGAUUCUCCAAAUCUGAUUAAUAAACAAACUCGGUUACAUUUGAGAUGGCCUGAGGGCGAGUACACUGUCGGCUAGUUUUAAUUUUUGGGUGAAAUAUUCCUUCAACAGAUCACUGUUUUACUGUAAAAUUCACAGCAAAUCAUGGAUUAAAUCUUUUCUUCUUGAAUCCAUCCAUUUUUCGUUAUGAAGAGCAUUGGACCAGUUUAUGUAAAAAGCACAUAAAUCCAUAUCUACUUGAGCUGUUUAUGUUUACUUUAUUGGGAUACUUUAAUUUGAAGUACUUAAAGUACAUUCAGUUCAUUUUCUGUCUAAUCUUUUUUUAUUAUUUGACACUACAGUUUUGAUGUUUUAACCUGAUCUUUCCAUUCAUGAAAUAGAAAGUCAGGUUGAUUGUUCAUCAGUGUUAAUGUUUUUGUUUUUUAUAGCGCUGAAAUAAUUGUGCCAUAUAUAAUACACAGUUCUCAAAUUAUAUAAUAUUAAUGUGUCACUUCUUAAGCAAAAUUAUGUUCAAAUUGUGUCAACACUGUGGUUCUACAUUUACAUUUUAUAUUCAUGCCCUUUGUGCUAAUGUUAAAUAUACGCAAAUAAAUAUUAAAAAAGCCAACAUAAAUGUAAGUUCUAUAUUUUUACUCUUUAUUUUCUUCUUGUCUUUUUCUUUUUUAAAUAAAUGCAUGGCUAUGCCCACAUCUGUUUAUAGUGAAUAAAAAUGUUAAGUGUUUUGUGUGUGUGUGUAUACAUCAGAGGUCUGGAUGUGUAAAAAAAAAAAAAAAAAAAUGGACUGUCAAAUAUGACUAAUGUUUUGAAUUUUAAUGUAAUAAUUUUUUUGUAGCAUUUUAUGUACUAUAGUAAACAGGAGAGUGUAUAAUCUAUUUUCAAAUGCAACCUGGAUUUUGAAUAUGAGAACUUGGUUUUGGGCUAAUUUUGUUAUAUAUGACAGACUGGAUAAUAAUAACAACAAUGUGACUGAAUAUUAAUUUUGAUCAAUAAAGAUCAUACCACUCUUGUCUUAAAGUGUCAUAGAGUCCUAUUAAAAGUCUUAAUGUACUGUAUAUACCAGGUGUAAAAUGAAUAAAAAUUCAAAGUUG